GAGCGCGCCAAAGCGGAGCGCGAGGCGCAGGCGAGACAGCAGGCGGAGCGUGAGGCGGCCGAUCGCGCCGCGGCGGCGGAGGCGGCUCGGCUGGCCGCCGCGGAGGCUGCGAGGCUCCAGGCGGAGCGGGAGGCUGCCAUCGCCGCAGCACAGAAGGCGGAGGAGGAGGCGGCGGCGCGGGCGGCGGCGGAGAAGGCGGCGGCGGAGAAGGCGGCCGCUGAGGAGGAGCAGCGGCGGAUCGCCGAGGAGGAGGCCGCCGCCGCCGCCGCGCAGGCGGAGGCCGAGGCGCAGGCGGCGCUGGCGCAGGUCAAGUCGGAGGCGGCGCAGGCGGAGGCGGGCUUGGCGGCGGAGGCCGAGGCCGAGGCGGCGGCGUCGCGCGGCGCGGCGGAGAAGCUGAGCAAGGCCGCGGCCAAGGGGUCCGACGCCAAGAGCAAGGCGCUCGAGUCCGCCCGGAAGGAGGAGAAGAAGGCGGCCGACAAGGCGGCCAAGCUGCGCGCGGAGCUCCUCACCGCGGAGGAGGCGCUCGCGGCGGCGACCGCGGACACCGCCACCGCCGAGGUGGAGGCGCGCGUCGCCGGGGACGAGGCGACGGCGCAGGCGGCGGCGCUGCAGGCUCGCGACGCUAAGCUGCAGACGGCGGCGGCGCUCGCUGCGGACAAGGCGGCCGCCGCCGCUGCGGCAGAGGCCGAGGCGACGGAGAAGCGGCUUGUCGCCUUCCCCGAGGAGGCGAAGAAGAAGAGCCCCGCCAAGGGGAAGAGCCCGCCCGCCGGCAAGAAGGGCAAGAAGGGCAAGACGCCAGUGGCGGGCAAGAAGGGGCGCGCUUCGACGGAGCCGGAGCCGGAGCCAGACGAGCCGGCGGCGCCCGAGCCGGCGGCGGAGGAGGCGCCCGUCUCGAAGGAGAAGCCGAAGCGCGGCCGCCCCAGCGCCGAGAAGGAGGAGAAGCCGGAGGCGAAGCGCGGCCGCCGCGCCACACGCGGCGGCGCCUGA